AUGGGAAAUCUUUUGCUCGAUCGAAGUACAUGGUCUCAAUCACAUUACCAGGCAAUACAGAAUUGGCAUCGUGAUUGUCACCUCAACCAUAAAGAGUGUAACAAAUCGAUUUCAGGCCACGAGAAGAUUCAUCCAGACGACGUCCUUUUACCAACUCGGUGUGUCGAAUUCGAGUUCUUCGAUGAACAAAAUCCUUGGACAAGCUCAAUCCAAUGGGUACUGCGUGAAACAAAAGGUCAACGUGGUAAAUAUAUAGCACUGAGCCAUCGGUGGGUGCAAGACACGGGAGAAGCAAGUACGACGACAGAUAACUACGAGGAUCGUAACAAUACAUGGAAUCGAGCGCAAGGCUAUCACUUACUCGUUCGUGGCAAGUUAAGCGCUCUGUUUCUUGAUAUUGGACGACUUGCCUGUCAUCUUGGAAUACGCUACGUAUGGAUCGACAGCCUAUGCAUCAUCCAAAAUGACAAAGACGAUUGGGAUCGGGAAUCUAUCAAAAUGGCUGACUACUAUCAACGCUCCUGGCUUACUGUCGCUGUGACAUAUCCAUCCGAUACCGGCGGCAUCUUUCAACAGAAUGUGUCAAAGAUACCAAGAAUCACACGGCUACCAUAUCAAGAUAAAAAGGGAGAUCAAAAUGGUCACUUCUACGUCCAAGCCGGGAUAGACAAAACAUGGGCCGAAGACUACAACAAGACUAUCAUCAACAGUGACCUCCGGAAACGCGCGUGGGUGUUCCAAGAAUGGCGACUAAGCCGAAGAAUUCUGGCUCUUUCAAAUCAGGGGAUGUUCUUGCAGUGUCAAAGUGAAUCACCCAGAUCUCUGGAUGGAUAUAAGGUAGAUACAAGCAAGAAUACUGGCAUUGAUAGCGAUUAUGUAAGGUGGUUGAGAAAUCUUGAUAAGGACUCGUAUGGAUAUCAGAUCUUGCAUUCUUGGGAGUUUAUUGUUGAAGAGUAUUCAGGACUUGAGCUAACCAAGUUCGAAGAAGACCGCCUGGUGGCGCUUGCAGGAAUAGCUAGGGAGUACGGACGCGCAUUGACUCGCUAUGCUUCUAAAUAUGGCAAGCAGCAACACACAUACAUCUGUGGGCUUUGGACUGGCUGGUUUCGAGGCCUGUUAUGGGAACAAGCCGAUCCUUACAGACAGACCAGGACAAAGGGGUUCCCAACAUGGUCAUGGCUGUCGAUUGCUUCAGUCCCAGAAACAGACACAACCGGUAUGACAGAAGGUACUCUUACUGGUCUUCACGUCCGGUGGCCUGGGAGGACGGAAGAAUCCGCUGUUUGCAAGUUUCUGUCACCGAUUCUCGUCCCAGUCACAGAUAAUUGUCGGCCGAGAUUCGAGAGAGCAGGUCAACAUGAACUCAACAACCUAUUCGACGACCUACACAGCGGCCUAUUCAGCGACGUACGUAACGAUCUACACGGCAAGAUAUUCGGCAAUGAUAUCCGUUUUGCUAUUCUGCCACUGGAAGGCAGAAAGCUGGAUAUCUGCAUAGACAGAUACUUCGAGAGCCUUGAAGAUGCCGAUAUCGCAGCGACGAUGACUGGGCACAGGUAUCCAAAAAGGGUUCCGCAUGAGUAUAUGACUAUGGCUGAGCGUAGCCGGGACUCAGGCCGCUUGUCGUGGCGAAAAGUUUGUCUGAAGUCUUCUUGCAACACAAUAAUAGGUUGGGGUUCCAUCGAACACCCGGACUAUCAAGCCGACGAAACCGUUCAGUCCGCAACGCCCAUAUAUGCUUUUGUGGUUUGCAAGCUUUCCGAGGCCCCCGGAGGAUAUGGGCUUGGACAUCUUUCGAGAUCGCACACAGCAUUCGAGGUUCUCUAUGUUCGCCACGUUGAAAUUGUAGGGCAAAAAGACUGUUAUGAAAGGAUAGGAGUUGGCAGGUUGUUUGGAAACGGCGUUAUUCAAGAAUUUGAGUCAUCUUUAGAGACCAGGGUAAAUCUGGUUUGA